GCUGUGCUCAGUUUUCUCUCUCUUUCUUCUGCAGUCUUAGUUUGGUUUCUGGAAUGGAGCAGCAGGUUUAUAUUUAGAGCACGCAAUCAUGCUUCCAACUUAAUGAUGUGUUCGCUGUAAUCUAUGAAUUCCGAAUGUAUUCUGAUUUUGAAAAUCUGGGAGAAUGGUUUUGUGGAAGCGGCGUGUUGAUCGGGACACUGCUGGUCUAGUCCGGAGUCGAUGGUUCGCAAGGAGGUUUGAUGCCUUAGAGAGGAGAGUUUUUUUUUUGAAAAUGACGAUUCGCCUACCACAAAUUCUCGGAGGAGUUAAAGUCAAUAUUUUAUAACAUUGCAUUAUAUGUUUUUAGACACAAACAAAACCUGCAAUGAAUCGAAGACAAGGUAAUUAUCAUCGUUACGAAGACAAUGUAAAUUAUUAUAUUUAUGAACACAAGGUCAUUAUCACCUUUAUGAAGACAAGGGUAUUAUGAUCUUUAUGAAGACAAGGUAAUUAUUAUCUUUAUGAAGACAAGGUAAUUAUUAUCUUUAUGCAGACAAUGUAAUUAUUAUCUUUAUGGAGACAAGGUAAUUAUUAUCUUUAUGAAGACAAUAUAAUUAUUAUAUUUAUGAAAACAAGAUAAUUAUUAUCUUAAUGAAUACAAUUUAAAAUUGUAUCUUUUUGAAGAAUUUCUGAAGGUGCAGGCCCGCACCUAGGAAAUUCGGGGCCCCGGGCAGCUGUCAGAGUUUGGGCCCCCUUUCGUGUUUCAAACAUGUUCGUAUAUUUUAAAACUCGAAAAAGGGCCGGCCCCUAUCUAGCUCGGGUCCCUGACUAAUGCCGCGUCUGCCCCCCCUCCCCCCACUGCGAGUCUGGAAGGUGCAUGGGCAGAGCUUAAAAGUAUUUAAACCAAAUGACAUUGCCAUACUACUAUUGUUGUUAUUUGAGGUGUUGAAGGUCUUGGUUUAGCUGACAUUGUUUGAGUUCAUUACUCAGCACAGUCUCCGUAUUGCCAUACUACUAUUGUUGUUAUUUGAGGUGUUGAAGGUCUUGGUUUAGCUGACAUUGUUUGAGUUCAUUACUCAGCACAGUCUCCGUAUUGCCAUACUGCUAUUGUUGUUAUUUGAGGUGUUGAAGGUCUUGGUUUAGCUGACAUUGUUUGAGUUCAUUACUCAGCACAGUCUCCGUAUUGCCAUACUGCUAUUGUUGUUAUUUGAGGUGUUGAAGGUCUUGGUUUCGCUGACAUUGUUUGAGUUCAUUACUCAGCACAGUCUCCGUAUUGCCAUACUGCUAUUGUUGUUAUUUGAGGUGUUGAAGGUCUUGGUUUCGCUGACAUUGUUUGAGUUCAUUACUCAGCACAGUCUCCGUAUUGCCAUACUGCUAUUGUUGUUAUUUGAGGUGUUGAAGGUCUUGGUUUCGCUGACAUUGUUUGAGUUCAUUACUCAGCACAGUCUCCGUAUUGCCAUACUGCUAUUGUUGUUAUUUGAGGUGUUGAAGGUCUUGGUUUCGCUGACAUUGUUUGAGUUCAUUACUCAGCACAGUCUCCGUAUUGCCAUACUGCUAUUGUUGUUAUUUGAGGUGUUGAAGGUCUUGGUUUCGCUGACAUUGUUUGAGUUCAUUACUCAGCACAGUCUCCGUAUUGCCAUACUGCUAUUGUUGUUAUUUGAGGUGUUGAAGGUCUUGGUUUCGCUGACAUUGUUUGAGUUCAUUACUCAGCACAGUCUCCGUAUUGCCAUACUGCUAUUGUUGUUAUUUGAGGUGUUGAAGGUCUUGGUUUCGCUGACAUUGUUUGAGUUCAUUACUCAGCACAGUCUCCGUAUUGCCAUACUGCUAUUGUUGUUAUUUGAGGUGUUGAAGGUCUUGGUUUCGCUGACAUUGUUUGAGUUCAUUACUCAGCACAGUCUCCGUAUUGCCAUACUGCUAUUGUUGUUAUUUGAGGUGUUGAAGGUCUUGGUUUCGCUGACAUUGUUUGAGUUCAUUACUCAGCACAGUCUCCGUAUUGCCAUACUGCUAUUGUUGUUAUUUGAGGUGUUGAAGGUCUUGGUUUCGCUGACAUUGUUUGAGUUCAUUACUCAGCACAGUCUCCGUAUUGCCAUACUGCUAUUGUUGUUAUUUGAGGUGUUGAAGGUCUUGGUUUCGCUGACAUUGUUUGAGUUCAUUACUCAGCACAGUCUCCGUAUUGCCAUACUGCUAUUGUUGUUAUUUGAGGUGUUGAAGGUCUUGGUUUCGCUGACAUUGUUUGAGUUCAUUACUCAGCACAGUCUCCGUAUUGCCAUACUGCUAUUGUUGUUAUUUGAGGUGUUGAAGGUCUUGGUUUCGCUGACAUUGUUUGAGUUCAUUACUCAGCACAGUCUCCGUAUUGCCAUACUGCUAUUGUUGUUAUUUGAGGUGUUGAAGGUCUUGGUUUCGCUGACAUUGUUUGAGUUCAUUACUCAGCACAGUCUCCGUAUUGCCAUACUGCUAUUGUUGUUAUUUGAGGUGUUGAAGGUCUUGGUUUCGCUGACAUUGUUUGAGUUCAUUACUCAGCACAGUCUCCGUAUUGCCAUACUGCUAUUGUUGUUAUUUGAGGUGUUGAAGGUCUUGGUUUCGCUGACAUUGUUUGAGUUCAUUACUCAGCACAGUCUCCGUAUUGCCAUACUGCUAUUGUUGUUAUUUGAGGUGUUGAAGGUCUUGGUUUCGCUGACAUUGUUUGAGUUCAUUACUCAGCACAGUCUCCGUAUUGCCAUACUGCUAUUGUUGUUAUUUGAGGUGUUGAAGGUCUUGGUUUCGCUGACAUUGUUUGAGUUCAUUACUCAGCACAGUCUCCGUAUUGCCAUACUGCUAUUGUUGUUAUUUGAGGUGUUGAAGGUCUUGGUUUCGCUGACAUUGUUUGAGUUCAUUACUCAGCACAGUCUCCGUAUUGCCAUACUGCUAUUGUUGUUAUUUGAGGUGUUGAAGGUCUUGGUUUCGCUGACAUUGUUUGAGUUCAUUACUCAGCACAGUCUCCGUAUUGCCAUACUGCUAUUGUUGUUAUUUGAGGUGUUGAAGGUCUUGGUUUCGCUGACAUUGUUUGAGUUCAUUACUCAGCACAGUCUCCGUAUUGCCAUACUGCUAUUGUUGUUAUUUGAGGUGUUGAAGGUCUUGGUUUCGCUGACAUUGUUUGAGUUCAUUACUCAGCACAGUCUCCGUAUUGCCAUACUGCUAUUGUUGUUAUUUGAGGUGUUGAAGGUCUUGGUUUCGCUGACAUUGUUUGAGUUCAUUACUCAGCACAGUCUCCGUAUUGCCAUACUGCUAUUGUUGUUAUUUGAGGUGUUGAAGGUCUUGGUUUCGCUGACAUUGUUUGAGUUCAUUACUCAGCACAGUCUCCGUAUUGCCAUACUGCUAUUGUUGUUAUUUGAGGUGUUGAAGGUCUUGGUUUCGCUGACAUUGUUUGAGUUCAUUACUCAGCACAGUCUCCGUAUUGCCAUACUGCUAUUGUUGUUAUUUGAGGUGUUGAAGGUCUUGGUUUCGCUGACAUUGUUUGAGUUCAUUACUCAGCACAGUCUCCGUAUUGCCAUACUGCUAUUGUUGUUAUUUGAGGUGUUGAAGGUCUUGGUUUAGCUGACAUUGUUUGAGUUCAUUACUCAGCACAGUCUGCGUCCCUUCCACUGUCAGUAACGUAAACAUGAUUUUAAAAGACGAAACAAAAUAUUAGUAAUAGCACAAUGAAGAGUGUAUUCUUUUUGUUGUUGUAAGCUUCCAUUUUCUUGUUUUUCUAUAUAUUAAGGGCCGAGAUCAAUUUAUUGAUCAUUGUGGCUCAUAUGCAUAUAGAGGGGAUUUGCAGUGCUUCUGUGCAUGGUGUUGAAGAGGAUAUUUCACUGGUGGCAAGGGCAACUCCAGCGAGCGUAACAUGAACUGGGGGGUUGGAAGGCCUGAGGCAAUCAUUUAUUUUAACCAUUUUGUUUUUCGUAUGGCUGGGAAAGCUCUUUAAGUUAUUUCGUUUAACAUGACUUGUUGUUGUUGUUUUUUUAAAAUUAUUUUUAUUAUUAUUAUGUUGUCUCCUUAGAACUGCAGUGACACUAUAGUGCUUUUGGAGAAGAUAGGAAAAAUUGUACGGAAUGGGGAUCAAACCGACAUUUGCAUUUCCAGUUCUUGUUCGCGCCCGAAUUUAGCAGUGUCAAGAAGUGUCCUUACUUUUGCGAAUGAUGCUAUACGAUUGUAAUGAUGCAUAUUUAGAGAUAAGAAGACAAGAACGUAAAAACGCGAACCGCCAGGUCUCAAACAGUCAAACAGUUUUGUCACAAUUAUCCUUUAAAUUAAAAAAAAAAAUAAUAAAAUAAAAAUAGUUAAAAAAAUUAAAAAUAUAAACACCAACCCCACCCCCCCCCCCCCCAAAAAAAAAAUUUAAAAAAUUUAAAAAAUAACAACACAACAAUAAACCAACCAAUCAUUGUCACACAAAACCAGGUAGUUUCCCCGGGCUCACCUACCACACAUGAUGCACUUCACAUUCUAUGACGCUAACGAAGCAUUCUUUUAAUUUAAAAAAAAAAGAAAAAAAGAAAAGAAUGUCAUUUCAUGUCACCGUCUCAAUGAAAAGAUUUCCCCAGGAAUGUACAAGAGAGGAUCCGCCUUUGCCGAAGGUCAUCGUCCCUCGGUGACAUGGAGCAUACGAACUCGAGGCAGCAUCGGAGAGGACGGGAGGACGAGACAGGAGGACGGAGGGAAGAGGGAUGAGAAGCAAGGGGGCAAGGAUGCGCUAGGGAACGAGAUCGGCCUCCUGUACGGGGGAUCUUUGGUGAUGAAUGCAAUCAUAGGUCAGUAGGUCGCUGACGUAAUGGGCUGUGUGCAAUCAUAGGUCAGUAGGUCGUUUAUGUAGUGGGCUGUGUGCAAUCAUAGGUCAGAAGGUCGUUUAUGUAACGGGCUGUGUGCAAUCAUAGGUCAUUAGGCCAUUUAUGUAAUGGGCUUUGCGCAAUCAUAUGUCAGUAGGUCGUUUAUGUAAUGGGCUGUGUGCAAUCAUAGGUCAGUAGGUCGUUUAUGGAAUGGGCUGUGUGCAUCAUAGGUCAGUAGGUCGUUUAUGUAAUGAACUGUGCUCUAUCAGAGGUCAAGGGGGUGUGACUUAUAUAAUGGGUUGAAUGCGAUCGCAGGUCAGCAGGUCAUUGAUGAUUUCAUGAUGAUUCCAAACAUAGCCCAAAAAGGACAGGCGGGUGGAUGUAAUGAUUCCAAACAUAGCUCAAAAAGGACAGGCGGGUGGAUGUAAUGAUUCCGAACAUAGCUCAAAAAGGACAGGCGGGUGGAUGUAAUGAUUCCAAACAUAGCCCAAAAAGGACAGGCGGGUGGAUGUAAUGGUUCCAAACAUAGCCCAAAAAGGACAGGCGGGUGGAUGUAAUGGUUCCAAACAUAGCCCAAAAAGGACAGGAGGGUGGAUGUAAUGAUUCCAAACAUAGCUCAAAAAGGACAGGCGGGUGGAUGUAAUGGUUCCAAACAUAGCCCAAAAAGGACAGGCGGGUGGAUGUAAUGAUUCCAAACAUAGCUCAAAAAGGACAGGCGGGUGGAUGUAAUGAUUCCAAACAUAGCUCAAAAAGGACAGGCGGGUGGAUGUAAUGGUUCCAAACAUAGCCCAAAAAGGACAGGAGGGUGGAUGUAAUGGUUCCAAACAUAGCCCAAAAAGGACAGGAGGGUGGAUGUAAUGGUUCCAAACAUAGCCCAAAAAGGACAGGCGGGUGGAUGUAAUGGUUGCGAUUACAAGUCUUUUGAUUAUGUAUAUGUUUAUGUCAAAUCCAAUAUUACGACAAUACGUUGUUUUUUUUGAUGCCAUUGUAUGGAAUCAUGGUUCUAUAUGUCAUCUGUGGGCAUGGGUCUAUAUGUCAUCUGUGAGCAUGGGUCUAUAUGUCCUUUGUGGGCAUGGGUCUAAAUGUUGUUAUCUGUGGGCAGGGGUCUAUAUGUCAUCUGUGGGCGCGGGUCUAUAUGCAAUAUGUGGACAUGGGUCUAUAUGUCAUCUAUGGGCAUGAUUCUAAAUGUUGUCAUCUGUGGACAUGGCUCUAUAUGUCAUCUGUGGACAUGGGUCUAUAUGUCACCUGUGGGCGGGGUCUAAAUGUCAUCUGUGGGCAAGGGUUUAUAUGUCAUCUGUGAGAAGGAGCCUAUAUGUCACCUGUGGGCAUGGGACUAUAACUCAUAUGUGGGCAUGGUUCUAUAUGUCAUCUUUGGGCAGGGGUCUAUAUGUAAUAUGUGGGCAUUGGUCUAUAUAUAAUCUGUGGGCAGGGGUCUAUAUGUCAUAUGUGGAUAGGGAUCUAUAUGUCAUCUGUGGGCGUGGCUCAGUAUGCCAUCUGUGGGCAUGAGUAUAUAUGUCAUCUGUGGGCUUCCAAUCGAUUUGUUAGUUCACUAAGGUAAUUUUUUCUCUUAGGAAAAAUUGCGUAGUUAAAAUUCUUUAUGUGUCUUUGAUGUAGGACUUUUAAAAGUCAUUACCUACAUUUGUAUGUGAUAUGCGCAAUUAUGAGUCAAGCGUUUAUAGGCGUGUGCGAUUUAAGCAUUUAAAAACCAUUACAUUUAUAUUUAUAAUUUUUAUUCAAAUGCAGCCACUGUUUGUCCCAUGCACCCAUUGUUUGUCCCAUGCAGCUAUUGCUCGUCCGAUGCAGCCAUUGUUUGUCCCAUGCAGCCAUUGUUUGUCCCAUGCAGCUAUUGUUUGUCCCAUGCAGCCAUGGUUUGUCACAUGCAACCAUUGUUUGUCCCAUGUAGUCAUUGUUUUUCCCAUGCAGCUAUUGUUUGUCCCAUGGAGUCACUGUUUGUCACAUGCAGCCAUUGUUUGUCCCGUGCAGCUAUUGUUUGUCCCAUGGAGUCACUGUUUGUCAAAUGCAGCCAUUGUUUGUCCCGUGCAGCUAUUGUUUGUCCCAUGGAGUCACUGUUUGUCACAUGCAGCCAUUGUUUGUCCCGUGCAGCCAUGGUUUGUCCCGUGCAACCAUUGUUUAACUCCUAUGUUUCAGGUCCUGGGAUCUUCGGUACGCCAAAAGGGGUGCUGGCAGGUGUUGGGUCAGUGGGGAUGAGUCUGGUGAUGUGGACAUUUGCUGGGGUGUUCAGCAUGUGUGGUAGGUACCUAGAGAGGUGGCGAGGGCGUUGAGGUUAUUGAUAAAAACAACGACUAAGCUACCUCUCUUUAAACUGUCAGCUAAAGAAUUAAUCCUACAAUAGUCCUACCUUUAUAAUAUUUUUUCGAAAAUUCUCAGUGUAAGCAUAUUUUCUGCACUGUAUCUAGUAUUUACACAUUAUUUCGAUUAUGUUUUGUAGAAUAGUAAAGUAGAGCGUCGAUUUUACGAAUUCUGAUUACCCGGAAGUUGAUUACCCGGAAGUUGAUUAUCCGAAUGACCAUUAUUUUAUUCGUAUUAUAAUCGCUCGCAUAUUGAAUUAUAAUUAUAUUUAGCAUAGAAAUUAUACCAAAAAAAAAUGCAGUCUUCGUGUCUUAAUAAAGAAAAAGAACAAUGUGUUCGCAUGCGCCUUCUGCUAAUCAGCAAAUAAAUCACGAGAACGGCAUUAAAAAAGUUACUUUCAUUUUGAGACUGGCAUUUAUAAGGAGUGAUUGCCCCUGAAAGAUUAUCAAUGUUUGGAAAAGGUGCACUAAGAAAGCUUUGCUGAUGUCCCCAUUUUACCCCAUCGUAGUUAUUACCUAUUUCUCGUUGCGCCUAAAUGUGUCUCAUUUUAAUGUGUCUGGAGCUGUGUCUCUGGCCGUGCCUCGUUGUGUCUCAUUGUGCCUUAACAUCCCCCCACAGCCGCCCUGUGUUUCGCCGAGCUCAGGGAGUCGGUGAAGAGGGAAGGGGUGGAGUACGCCUACAUCACAGAAGCCUUCGGCCCCCUGGCUGGAUACGUCUACUCCUGGAUGAGGAUAGGUUCGUGGAUUAACUAUUCAAAACUAGGUCUAUGAAUUUAUUACAACAAGUAAGAUUCAACGCUUAAAAAAGUUCGAGGAUGCCGCGAAUAGACUAAAAAAGCGAAUGUAUUUUUAACACAAUUGGUUAGUAUGAUGUUCACUGAAUAUUCUGCAAGUUAUUUUUUUUUAAUGUAUCCGCUUUUCUCUACCAUUACCGUAAAACCCUGUAUAUGAUCACUGACUAUUACAAGUGGUAGCUUAAAUAUUGGGGAAGCAUUUAUGGCAUUAAAAGAUGUUGAUUUUUAUCAUUGACAUGGUUUUUGUCAUGGUAUUUAUAAUUUGGGGGUGGGGGAGGGGGGAUAUGUGCAGAAAAUUAGUUUCAAAUGCGGAAAAUCCAAGCGUUGUUAGCUGAAAAGAAAUAGCUUUAUAAAUGAAUUCUCUUAUUUAAUUUCAUAGUUAAAUGCAACUUUUUACUUCAACUUUAUUUUAAAACUGCUGGUGAGUAGACUGGUCUUUCUGUCCCUAAAUACAUAACCCUUGUAUUGUGUCAAUGGCCUCCAGUGGCAACACUUAAAUAUAUGGUAUUAUCUGUGUCAAUGGCCUCCAGUGGCAACACUUAAAUAUAUGGUAUUAUCUGUGUCAAUGGCCUCCAGUGGCAAAACUUAAAUAUAUGGUAUUAUCUGUGUCAAUGGCCUCCAGUGGCAACACUUAAAUAUAUGGUAUUAUCUGUGUCAAUUUGAGUUCCUUAUGAGAAUGUGGCCGUUGUCAAGCAUAACUGCUCCCCACCCCCACCAGAUUUUCUUGUCUACGAGUCUUGUCCAUUAAAACAUUGUUCAUAUCUUGAUUGCACCACCAUAACGAGGUUAUAGCACCCCCCCCGGGCUAACGACCUAACCCCCCCCCCCCUUUCGGUCCCACAGACAAAAUCAACGCCAUUGAACAAUUCUCACCCGCCUAAUGGUGGAUAUUUAAAGUAUCGUGUUGCUGUUUUCAUUGUGCUCAAAAGUAACACUCAAGCUUUAUAGGACGACGGUGCCAGAUUUUUUAAACCUUUAAUGUGAAAGUCGAAGCAGCGGUGAGAAAAACUCACACGCCAAACGGGACGAAUUGGUGCAGGGGAAUUAAACGGUUUUGUUGAAAUAGGGCUUGUCAUUUAAUGGCGGAAAUCUAUUAAUAGAACUGAUGUCACCAUUACUGAUCAUCCGGGUACUCAGCGCGGACAAAAUGUCAACACUGUUCAGUAUUACUAUGUUAGCGAAGUGUCCCUGAAACUUGUUUACAACUCUAUUUUACGAAAUAUUUUACACAUUUUUUUUUUACUUCUGUUUUCUGAAAUGCGACUUCAUUGCGUGAACGUCAUAUGUAACAGUAACUCUAGAUACAAGGAUCGCCCGAACGAUAUGCUGAAACACACUAUAAGCUGCCAUGUUUUAAGCAAUAUUUGUCCGCGGACCUUCUAAAAAUAGUACGCUAUGACGUUUUCCGGUCUUAGAAAUGACAAAGCCUAUUGUGGCAACGUCAUAUCCGGUGCAGUGCGAGGGAAAUUGAGGUCAAGAUCAUUGCAAAAUUACAUAGUGAAUAACUGCUUGCCUAAGGGGGUACCAGAUUAUAAUGAUUAGAGGACAUCCAUACAUGACACAAGACACGUGAGGGGGGGGGGGUUGGCAAUGGGUGGUCACGAGUUGGUUACGAUGUGUAUCAAUGAGGGGAAGGGGGCAUUUGGGAAAAAAUUGUAACGAUCGGGUAGAGGGCGUAGACAAAAUCGUCCAAUAAUAGCGUGAAUUCAAGGCCCUUGAUACGAAACCCCUUUUACAAAUAUAGAUUUAUGAUAACGGAUUAUAUAACAGGGUCACUGGUAUGAUUACCGGACAUAUGAGACAUUUCCAGAACCAUCGAUACAAUUACAGACUAUUUACCACAGUUUGACCAAACAAGAUCCUAAUUUACAUUUAAAAAGUUCAAUAAUUUGACCAGACCCAAAGGUCAAAGGCCCCAGCUUUCCCACAUUACAUUUCUCAGUUUUGGUUCUUCCUCUGCAGCGGCGGCUGAGCCGUGUGCCACAGCCGUGUUCGCCCUGGCCUUCACGGAUUACGUCACAGAUGCCAUCUACGAUGAUUGUGGACCACCGGAGACGUUUGUGGUCAUCGUGGCCUCCAUGGCAGUAUGUAAGUCACAUUUAGACCAGACAGGGUUGAUAUCUGGGGCCUCAUUGGCAGUAUGUAAGUCAUAUUUUGUCAAGACAGGGUUGAUAUCAGGGGACAUAUUGGCAGUACGUAAGUUAUAUUUAGUCAAGACAGGGUUGACAUCUGGGGCCUCAAUGGCCAGUAUGUCACACCAAGGCUAGACAGGGUGGACAUCUGGGGCCUCAAUGGCAGUAUGUCACACCAAGGCUAGACAGGGUGGACAUCUGGGGCCUCAAUGGCAGUAUGUCACACCAAGGCUAGACAGGGUGGACAUCUGGGGGACUGUUAGUCACAUUUUGCCAGGCAGUGUGGAUAUUUGUGGUCUCCAUGUCAGUAUGCUGGUCAUUCUUAGGCCAUGUAGAUUUGACAGUAGAAUAUAUACAUGUAUGAACGAACACUAUUUUUAUAUUGUCAAAAUAAGUAGGCAUGGGCUUCCCAAGGCGCAUUUGCCAGGACCUGGCUGCCGCGAUUAGACUACCAAGGGAAACAAAUCUUUAGCACGAUGUUCACUGAAUGUUCAGCAAAUGAAUUUGUUUUAAAUAUUAAAAAAAAUUGUUUUUCUCCCCACUACCUUAAAAGCCUGUUUGUGAGUACUAUUUAUUUCAGAUGGCAGCCUAAAUAUCGUUGAGAUAUUAAAGACCCACCAGUUUGAAGAUGCUGCUUUUUAUCUUUGUUAUUGUUUUGUCGUGUUAUUUUUAAUAGGGGGGGGGACAUGCGUUCAUGAAGUGACAACUGAGCUACACAUAACUUUGAAACAUAGCAUUAAAAACUUCACAUCAAAUAACAAAUUACUGAAGUUUUAAUUUUAACAACCUUCUUAAAAACGGUCCAAUACGCUACGGAUCUUGUUUGGAACUAUGGGGUCACCUUUAUUUUCACGUUUUUGUAGUUAGUUGAUAAUAGUUGGGGGGGGGGGAGGGGUGCUCUAUUCAGUGACGUAGCUAGGGUAAAUGCUGCCCGAGGCGGAUAUCCUCCUUUCUACGCCACUGGCUCUAUUGCGUGUCACGGGUCUCUGACCCCCGUCCAGCGUACCUGGGGUAGCAUAGCUGCCUAAAGGUGCAUCCAUGACAGUCGGAAACGACAAAGGCUCUUGUCACGCGACUGACGACCGCUGCGCCCCCCCCCCCCCCCCCCUACUUUGUGUUUUCGGUCGGGCUGUAUCUACGCCGGUGUCAGCAUUGUUCGACACAGGACUUCGCGCCUACAAAUACGUCACUGGAGGUUAUCUUGUCUCCAUUAUUUGUAGACCGGUAUUAUUUUAUGUUCAUUUUUUUGGACGGGAAACUUUCAGCGUGUCAGUUGUCCUGUCACAGUGCACACACACACACAAGCACACACACACGCACGCACACACUAAGUUAUCGUCGCUGGUGAAAUAGGAUGAAUAUUAUCUCAAAAGAACAAAGACAUCAUAUUAUGGUGUUUGCUCUAUUUUUUUUAAAAAGGCCACGGGAAGCCUUUCAAAAUAGUGCACAGCUCCAUGACACUGAACAAACACAAUACAAAAGUUUAACUUUUUCAACUCUUUUCUUUGUGCCCUUAUCAAAGUGACGUAGAUCUGCGACAAUCUUGAUCGCAAACACCCAACUCAUGCUGCAAAUAAUAAUUAUUUUUUUUUUAAAAUUCGUCGCAAAAUAACUUUAAAAAAACAACAACAAAAAAAAAACAAUUGGAAAGCGCCCCUGAUUAUAUCAGGUAUCCUCUGUGGAAGCAAUCUUUAUUCCAAAUUAUCGUUACUAAAUAACUACCGCUGAGGGCAGCUAAUCUAACCACGGGCGCUUCCAAGUUUUGACAUUAUACUCGUCAUGAAGGGGAGAGAAUUGGUGUGAGGGUGGGGGGGGGGGGAACAAGAUCCUUGAGAGAAUAGAUUUCUGCCCGUCAUAAGAAAUGUUGAAAACUUAAAUAAUUAAGUAACAAUUGUUUGCUGGCUUGGAUCUCGUUUAUUCUUGUUGCAAACAUACCUACUUGCUCCUUCCCCUUGAUCAGUUAAUUUUCAUUCCUAUCGUAUUGACCUGUCAUAUUGACCUAAUGUACUGGCCUGUCAUAUUGGCCUGUCGUACUGACCUUUCGUACUAAACUGCCAUAUUGACCUUUCGUAUUGACCUUUCGCCCUAACCUGUCUUAAUGACCUGUGAUACUGACCCGUCGUGCUGACUUGUCGGAGUGACCUGUUGUGUGAGCUGUGGCACUGACCUGUUGUAAAGAACUGAACCUAACCACGUUGUGAUGUGCUUUUUUUUAAAAAUAUAAUCAUGCUGUGAUCAACGUGGUUCAUUUCAACACUCAAAGCUGACCUUUUUUCUUUCCAUCCAAGUGUCCAUGGCACUGGUGAAUGUUAUGUCCACCAAACUGUCCGAACGUCUUCAAAUGCUGGCCACAGUUGGGAAGAUCGCCGCACUCUCCGUGGUCAUCGGGAUGGGGAUCAAGAGAAUGGUGGAAGGUCAGUAGGUUGUGGAUAAGAGAUGAAGUGAUGGUUCACUGUGUCAUAGGCAGUGUUGAUUAAAGUUCAGCAAAAUCAGCCAGUAGUGAUCAGAGCGUAAGCAAUAAAUAAUAAAUAAAAAACAUUUGUUAACAUACCUGAAUGGCAAUUCACUUGAACAUAUCUUGAAUAAUCUGUACCCAAAAAUAUAUUAAAAUACAGAGUUUUAAUUUUAAGAAAAUCUCAUCUGAUUGAAAAAGACCCCUAGGUAAGGGAUGCACUAGAGUUUAGCGAGGAUGAAAAAGGGUGUAUGGGGGGGGGGCAAUGUGAAACAAGUUCACGGGGGUUUAAAUGUUUAAAAAUAAUAUAAACUGAGUGAAUCUCCGGGGGGAUGGGACUCGCAAACCUUGGAUGGCAACUCAUCUAAGAGAAGGAAACGCUGAAUUCAAACCCGGAGAUGGAGUCCCCUAGGCGGAUACAUUGGUACAAUGAAAGAUUCCGACAACUCCUGCGACGCCACUGGUGCCGACCUGAUUCAUGCACAUUUGAUGUUCCCUUGGGUUAUCCGGGUGCGUGGAGAAAGGCGAUUUGCAGUUCAGGGAACUAACUUAUACUCCUUUAAAAAAAAAUAUAGCCCCAGGCCUUGUGAAUUUCGUCCUGCGAGGUCUACACCAUUGCCACAUCGGGACGGACGGAUGCCAGUUUAAAAAAAUAAUUAAAAAAUCAGACAUAUUUUGCGAUUGUUUCAUUGUCAUGGUACGUUUUGAGAUGAUGAAAAAGUGCGGACAUUUCUGUACCAACUAACCUUUUUCCAAAACAAACAACAACAACAAAAAAAACGCAUAGAAUUCCAUGAUAGCUACGGGCUGCUUGGUCCAAUUAUACAUAUGUAUAUGUUAAGGCCAACCUUUACUUUCACCGUGAUAUCAUAAGUUAUAUCCAACAGGAAAAGUUAAGGUGAUAGACGAAGGGAUGGCAGGAUCAACCUGGUCUCCAACUCAUCUCGCCUUCGCCUGCUACAACGGUCUGUGGGCUUACGGAGGCUGGUAUGUUUGUGGUUUGGCAUUGAGGAGGCUGGUAUGUUUGUGGUUUGGCAUUGAGGAGGCUGGUAUGUUUGUGGUUUGGUAUUAAGGAGGCUGGUAUGUUUGUGGUUUGGCAUUAAGGAGGCUGGUAUGUUUGUGGUUUGGCAUUGAGGAGGCUGGUAUGUUUGUGGUUUGGCAUUGAGGAGGCUGGUAUGUUUGUGGUUUGGCAUUAAGGAGGCUGGUAUGUUUGUGGUUUGGCAUUAAGGAGGCUGGUAUGUUUGUGGUUUGGCAUUAAGGAGGCUGGUAUGUUUGUGGUUUGGCAUUAAGGAGGCUGGUAUGUUUGUGGUUUGGCAUUAAGGAGGCUGGUAUGUUUGUGGUUUGGCAUUAAGGAGGCUGGUAUGUUUGUGGUUUGGCAUUAAGGAGGCUGGUAUGUUUGUGGUUUGGCAUUAAGGAGGCUGGUAUGUUUGUGGUUUGGCAUUAAGGAGGCUGGUAUGUUUGUGGUUUGGCAUUAAGGAGGCUGGUAUGUUUGUGGUUUGGCAUUAAGGAGGCUGGUAUUUUUGUGGUUUGGCAUUAAGGAGGCUGGUAUGUUUGUGGUUUGGCAUUAAGGAGGCUGGUAUGUGUAUUGGGUAGAAUUAUGGAGGCUUGCACUUUUAAGUGGUCGAAUUACAGUGGUUGUUAUGUUUGUAGACGUGGCAUUUAGAAAAUUGUUAGGUUGGGUUAACGACAGCUCCUGGCAGUUUGGGUGAGUUUAACUUCGUAAAGGUUGUAGUUUGGAUGUGUUUAACUUCGUAAAGGUUGUAGUUUGGUUGUGUUUAACUUUGUAAAGGUUGUAUUUUGGGUGUGUUUAACUUCGUAAAGGUUGUAGUUUGGGUGUGUUUAACUUCGUAAAGGUUGCAGUUUGGAUGGGUUUAACUUUGUAAAGGUUGUAGUUUGGUUGUCUGGAAUAACGGAGAGCUCUGUGUUGUAGGAAAGGGGCUUCUAUGGAUACCUUGGUCCUAAAGCACGCACCGCCUCGAUGUAUUACUUAACUAUAACGAAAUGGAUUACAUCACCAUCACACGCUGACAUAAGUCCUGUUAUAGCGUUGUUAUUUAUUACGAUACGUUUAUUGAAAUUAAUAUUUUCCCUUAGAACGUGUUUAGCUAGCUAUAACUUUAACCUCACUUUUAAAUUAUAACUGGUUUUAAUUUAACACAUGGUCGUGUCACGUCAAGAAAAAAAAUUAAAACAAAUUUUAAAAAAAAAAAUAAUUAAAAAAUAAUAUUUUAAUUUCAGGUCGAAUGUAAAUCACGUGACCAGUGGAAUAAAAAAGCCCCCAAGGUAAACAGCCUACCAGGUUUACUGUUGCCUUUUCUCAAAGUAUCACAAAUAGGUUCUUCACCUUUACAUUGUAUGACCAACCAAAAAAAAGAAAAAAAAAAAGUCAAUCACUAAAUUGUGUUCGUUUUGCUGUGAGCCGUUUUCCUAUGUGUCUGAGACGAAAUUAUGUUACGUCUUUACCUCAACGGAAAGCAUUUUCAUGUCCUCUCAGGAAUGUCCCCCGAAUUGUGAAGACUGUCCUACCCCUGGUGCUCAUCAUCUACCUGAUGACGGUUCUGUCUUUUUUUACUGUGAUGUCCAAAGAAGAAUUGCUGCAUUCAAGAGCUAUCGGUGUUGUAAGUUGCUUUAAAAAUGUGUGCAAUAUUUGGAGUGAUAUCGUAACUUCCAUUUUAUUCGUGUGUAUCUGUGUUUAAGACAACUUGCCGUCAACCUAUCGAGCUGAAACUUGGCACUUAGACUCGUUGCCGGUGACAACACAUUCUUUAAAUUUUCAGCCCCAACCUAAAAAAGUCUGUGUUUUUUUUUUCAAGGGGACGAUGAGUGACAUAUGAUUUUUUUCAAUGGGUGCGUACUUUGGUGUGGAGAUUAAUUGUCUAGCUGUUGCUAUUUGCUUUUUAUUUGUGACGUAUUUGGGUGUGCAGUGAAAAUAAAAUGUAUUUUUGAAGGGGAAAAUGAAGGAAAUAUGAAACCGUUUGCACCAGAAGUCGACCCACAAACAUAACCGUUUUUCAAUAAAUGAUAAAUCACGUACUAUUCCAUACGUGCAAACAAAAAUGCCUAAAAAAAUAUUUCUAUGAAAAUUCUUUUAAGGGGUUUUUGAUGUUAAAUUUAUUUACAUUUUCAUUCGUAAAAAUGAGCUGUUGCAUCUUGUUAACAAAACCAGUUUCUAAUUCAUUAAUUAACUAAAAUUUAUUGUUCUUGUUGUUGCUGUUGUUGAAAACUUCCAUCUCAUAAUGUUUUACGAGUUAUUGAUUUAAAACUAACUUUUCAAGUUGCUGGCGAAAAUAAUUUAUAACAAAAAAAAAACAACAAAAAGAUUUAACGUUAAAAACAAGUGAUGAAUAGCGCUGUUUAAAAAUGUCUAUUCAAACGCUUUCUUUCAGACUUGGGCACAAAAUUGUCUGAAUGCUGCAAGCUCCAUAAUUUCUGUGGGAGUCGGUCUGAUAGCCCUGGGCAGCGUCAACGCCACGUUCUUGUCAUCGGGCAGGUGAGCCCUUGGUUUAUCGUGUUGUAAGGGGUUGGGGGGCAGGUGAGCCUUUGGUUUCUGGUGUUGUAAGAGGUCGGGGGGCAGGUGAGCCUUUGGUUUAUGGUGUUGUAAGAGGUUGGGGGACAGGUGAGCCUUUGGUUUCUGGUGUGUAAGGGGGUGGGGGGGUGAGCCUGUGGUUAACCUUUGGUUUAUGGUGUUGUAAGUGGUUGGGGGCAGGUGAGCCUUUUGUUUCUGGUGUUGUAAGUAGACGGGUUGGGGGAAAGUCCGGGGGGGGGGGGGGGUGAUAAAAAUGUUUAUUUAGAAACUAACUGUAAGAAAUGUAGAAACCUGGCAAUUAAAAUCAAGUUCAUUAAACAAAAUAAAUGGUUGCUUCCCCACCGUGACAGGUUGUCUGGCGUGGCAGCGAAGAAUGGGCAGAUGCCAGACGUGGUUUCCUGGGUGCAUGUGAGGAGCAAAACCCCACUUCUUACAGUGGCACUGAGGGUGAGUUGUGUGUGUGUGUGUGUGUGGGUGUAUGUGUGGCUAUGUUUGCUUGAUAACUCUGUAAAUUGAUUUAAUAUAUAUACAUAUAUAAACUACAUGCUUACCCUACUUAAGGUAAUUUUCUUUGUUAAAUAUUUCAUAAAAUCCUUUAAACCGCUCUUAAGUAUGUGAUUUAUGUUCUUUAAAGAACAUUAUUGUUUUGUUUCAUAAUUUUUCCACGCACUGCUCUUCUUCCAAUCUACCCCCCCCCCAUACACACAGUGCGUUAUCGCUAUACUCGUCAUGUGUGUAGCAGACGGCCAGGAGCUCCUGAGGUUCUACAUCUUCACCGUCUGGCUGUUUCACGGCCUGUCCAUCUAUUUAUGUUCUUUAAAGAACAUUAUUGUUUUGUUUCAUUAUUUUUCCCCGCACUGCUCUUCUUCCCAUCUACCCCCCCCCCCCAUACACACAGUGCGUUAUCGCUAUACUCGUCAUGUGUGUAGCAGACGGCCAGGAGCUCCUGAGGUUCUACAUCUUCACCGUCUGGCUGUUUCACGGCCUGUCCAUCUUGGCGCUGCUCUUUCUACGUUACAAAAAUAAACACAAGAAAAGACCCUACAAGGUAAGCUUUAAAAUAGCAUCACAUUUAUACCAUGGAUAUCUGUAUACCAAGGAUAUCUUUAUAUUAUGGAUACCUUUAUACUAUGGCUACCUUUAUACUAUGAUAUGUUUACUUUAAAUUGUAAAGCAGACCCAAAAAUAUAUAACUAGAAUCAAAUAUAUAAAAAGCAUAAAAUAUAUAACUAGUAUAAAAAUAUAUUACUAGUAUAAAUGGUUCAAUUUACUAUAUUGUUGUAUCUACCUUAAAAGAAACACAAUCCUAUCAACGUCGUCUCACAGAAACGCACCCCGACCCCCAGCCAUGUUCGUGGGGGGGGGGGGACUUUAUGUAGGUGGUGGAGCAGCCCUAACUACUGCUCUAAUGAUCACUUGUACCACGUGUGUGAUCACAUGUACCACGGGUGUGAUCAACUGUAACAAGUGUGUGCUCCCUUGUACCACGUGUGUGCCCACCUCUACCGCGUGUGUACCCACCUGUACCACGUGUGUACCCACCUGUACCACGAGUGUGCCCACCUGUACCACGUAUGUGCCCACCUGUACCACGUGUGUACCCACCUGUAUCACGUGUGUGCCCACCUGUAUCACGUGUGAGCCCACCUGUACCACGAGUGUGCCCACCUGUAUCACGUGUGAGCCCACCUGUACCACGAGUGUGCCCACCUGUACUACGAGUGUGCCCCCUGUACCACAAGUGUGCCCAACUGUAUCACGUGUGUGCCCACCUGUAUCACAUGUGAGCCCACCUGUACCACGUGUGUGCACCCCUUUACCACGUCUGUUCCCACCUGUACCACGUGUGUGCCACCUGUGCCACGUGUGUGCCCAACUGUACCACGAGUGUGCCCCCUGUACCACGAGUGUGCCCCCCUGUACCACGUGUGUGUACCCCUGUACCACGUGUGUGCUCACCUGUACCACGUGUGUGCUCACCUGUAACAGGUGUGUGCUCACCUGUACCACGUGUGUGCACUCCUGAACCACGUGUGUGCACCCCUGUACCACGUGUGUGCUCACCUGUACCACGUGUGUGCCCACCUGUACCACGUGUGUGCACCCCUGUACCACGUGUGUGCACUCCUGAACCACGUGUUUGAUCAACUGUACCAAGUGUGUGACCACCUGUACCACAUGCUUGCUCACCUGUACCACGAGUGUGCCCACCUGUACCCACGUGUGUGCAUGUUUCAGGUUGACUUGUGGAUCCCCGUGGUUGUCGUCACUGGCAUAGCUUACCUCCUCCUGGCGCCCUUUCUGGAAGCUCCCAAGAAAGAGUUCGUCACGGCUCUCGUCCUGAUCGGAGUCUCACUGCUGAGCUACUACCCCAUCAACUGGCUCAAGUCCAUGAAAGUGGUCAAUGUGCCAGGUACAAGUUAGUGUACAUCGUUAAAAAAAGCCAAUGUUUAGGCUAUGUUCAGGGCCAGGUAGAAGCUAGUGUACAUAGUUUUGAAAAAGCCAAUGUUUAGGUUAUAUUCAGCCCCAGAUAAAAAUGCGUGACCUAAUUAAGGGACAUGUUACAUCUUAGAGUCAAUGUAAAAAUUACGACGUACCCUAGCUUACCAAGUUAAGUUAAUAUGCUGGGUAUCAAUAACAUGGAUGAUAUAACGAUUUCGAUGAUAUAACAAUAUGGAUAAAAUAAAGCUAUGGAUGAUACAACGAUGUAGAUGAUAUAACGAUUUCUUUCAGAUCAAAUCACAAUUUGGCUGCAGUUAUUCCUGAGAAUUGCUCCGAAACGGUAAGCCAUUCUUUAAUAUCUAUUUUUAUAUAUAUAUAUAUUAUAUAUAUAUAUAUAUACAUUUAUUUAUAUAUAUAUAUAUAUUUAUUUAUAUAUAUAUAAAUAUAAAAAAUAAGAUAAUAUAAUAUUCUUUUGUUGAAAUGUUUUUUGAUUGCAUCGUACAUAUUCAGCACAUACAUAAACCGAAAUGAACACAAGACAUCAAUAUUAAAUUAUUUCACUGUUGAAAAAUACAUCCAUCCCGUGCAUUCUCUUAGCCAUAUCAGGGACUUAUUAGUUCUCAUUAAGAUUUGUGAAAUCUUUUCAAAGGCAAUUUGCUUACUCUUACGGUAAUAUUUUUCCCAAGUAACAUACCAAGAAAUAUUGUGUAUACUUAAAUGUCCAUCACACACUUUCAAUUUCCAGAGCAUUGAAGCAUGUCAACAGCCAUUUUAACUGCAUGUUUAAUUGCGCGUGGUGUGCGGCAUCCCAAACAGCUUGCUCAAUAGUUAAACACUUUACAUCUAACACUCUGGGAUACGUCCAAAUUUUUGUAAAACCGAUUAGCUUGCCCGUGGUUGACGCCUACUUUUACCACUUUGGGUUGGUUCCAAAAAUCAUGUUGAUUGUUUCUAAACUCGAUUCCAGUAUGUUAAGAAGGGUUCAUUAAAACAUGCCCAAAAUAUGUAUUAAAAAAAAAUGUAUACUUAUAUUCUGAAUAAUUUCUUUCCUAUCAAUUCACGGUGACGUCAUCCGAUCCAUGUUUACCUAACCAAACCAUGACAACAGCAAAUGAUAUGAAAGCGGAAAUGAUACGCACCAAACCAAUGGUGCUCUUUUCUCUCCGAAAAUAAAUAUAGUUUUCCUUCAUGAUCUUACCCCAUUCAGCGAUCUGAGGCGAGAGAGACGCUCCAUUUUGCGCACAAUGAACAUGUUCGCACGAGAGAGCAUCAUCAUCACACCAAACGUGGCUCCAUCCGACGAAGCCAUGAGGCGCUUCUCCAGGAGAAUGUCGCACUUCUCCCGCGUCGAGGGCUCCCCUGCUCUCCUGCGCAGACUGGACGACGACCAGACCAGGACGAGUCUCAGGCGGCGGAUCCAGAGACGGAACUCGCUGGCUGAGAUGGACAUCAGCAGCAGACGGCGGUCCACCAUGUUGCCGUUUGACAGCAAAGUAAGGUUGUUUCAAACUAGCUGGACGGUUUCCGAUAAGCCACCUGGGGCGUGGGGGGCGGGGGGUUAUUGGUUACUUAAAAAGUGAAGAAAUUAUCGGGCUGAACACAUUAUUUUAAUGGGAAACUCAAAUAUCAAUAGUAUGAUGUAGUUCGAACUUUUAAUGCGUCAGACCGAGGCAAACCCUAUUGUCACUUUACCCAACUAUCCCAAUUAUAUGAUCACCGAAUCUCACUCAAUGGAGUAAAGACACGCAAAGACAAUAAUUUAAAUGAAUUAGUUGUUUUUUGUUUUUUAGUAUAUAUAUAUAUAUAUAUAUAUAUAUAUAUUUUUAUAAAAUCAAGGGCUACCCAAAUUUGAGUUCGUCAAGUGCCUCAUUAUAUUUACCCUAGAAGGUAUUCACAAGUGAAAUGUUUUUUCUAAGGUUUUUUUAUGUUGUUACAGCUAUCGAAAAAAUGAUUAUAACUGUUGCACGUUGUGUAGCAUAUAUGUAGCAUAUAUGUAGCAUAUAUGUAGCAUAUAUGUAGCAUAUAUGUAGCAUAUAUUUAGCAUAUGUGUAGCCUAUAUGUAGCAUUCAUUUUAGAAAAUUUUUUAAAAGUCUGAUCAGUGUUUAAUUUGUUAAAAAAAUUUCUUAUGCUUUCCGGUCCGCAAUUUAUGUUGAGGGCCGCAUUUGGAGCAGCAAAGUGUCAAAAAAUCAAGAAAAAUCUUAAUCCUGCUCUUAGAAGUCCUGAUUUUAAAUAUUUCAACGUCAUGAACCCAGUUAAAGGAGUUUGGGAACGAUUAAAUAUUACAUUGGACAUGAUUAAAUUACUUUGGACAUUAUCAAAUUGAUUUAUACUUGAUUAAAUUACUUUGGACAUUAUCAAAUUGCUUUAUACUUGAUUAAAUUACUUUGGACAUUAUCAAAUUGCUUUAUACUUGAUUAAAUUACUUUGGACAUUAUCAAAUUACUUUGGACAUGAUUAAAUUAAUUUGGACAAUAUCAAAUUACUUGGACAUGAUUAAAUUAAUUUGGACAAUAUCAAAUUACUUGGACAUGAUUAAAUUAAUUUGGACAAUAUCAAAUUACUUUGGACAUGAUUAAAUUAAUUUGGACAAUCUCAAAUUACUUUGGACAUGAUUAAAUUAAUUUGGACAAUAUCAAAUAACUUGGACAUGAUUAAAUUAAUUUGGACAAUAUCAAAUUACUUUGGACAUGUUUAAAUUAAUUUGGACAAUAUCAAUUUACUUGGACAUGAUUAAAUUAAUUUGGACAAUAUCAAAUUACUUGGACAUGAUUAAAGUAAUUUGGACAAUAUCAAAUUACUUUGGACAUGAUUAAAUUAUUUUGGACAAUAUCAAAUUACUUGGACAUGAUUAAAUUAAUUUGGACAAUAUCGAAUUACUUUGGACAUGAUUAAAUUAAUUUGGACAAUAUCAAAUUACUUGGACAUGAUUAAAUUAAUUUGGGCAAUAUCAAAUUACUUUGGACAUGUUUAAAUUAUUUUCAUUUAUUUUCAUUAAGUCAUUUAAUAACUUUAUUUAUACAGAUGGUAGUAGGUUAAUGUAUAGAAUUCAUAUACAUACAUAUUUUUUUUUAAAAGUGGAAAACCAUUUUCCCGCCAAUAUUUCCUUCCCCCAGGCAUCUCCCGCGAUCAUCCGUAAGAAGGCGAGCCUAGGGAGUAACUCGUUCAGCCAAGCUGAUCUGGUCAAACUGAAAUCUCCGCCAUCUUUACCCAUCCUGAAGAACCGUUUCAACACGACGCCGGAGGCCACCGAGGAGACCAAGCCCGGCCAUCUGGCCCCGACCUCCUCCAGCCUCCACGCCUCUCACCAGUCGCUCCGGCCCCACCCCAGCACGAUACCUGAAGAGGAGGCCAGCAACGGGACAUUGGCCGGAGCGGCUGCCAAACCCCAGCGGGUUGAGGCACAGGAAGCGCCGCCACCGCAGGAGGAAGAGCUUCAGGUGAUCGCCGACUUUGAAAGCGAUGGGGGUGGAGAGUACGAAGUCCUGGCGCACCCCGAUGACGUCAGACGGAUGUCGUACGUGGAGCCCGAGCUGUCCCUGGAGAAAAACUCGGACUCGUCCACGUCAGAUUCAGACAGCUCAAACUCCGGGGCAGACGAUAUGAGGAAGUCCAUCUUUGCCAGGAUAUUUGCGUCUUCCUCAAGCUCCUCUUCCUCAUCCUCCUCAGAUUCCAUGGAGGAGGAGGGGUCAAAUGACGAGAGGGGCUCUGUCCCUUCCAUAUUUUAUAUUAGUACGGACGACCUGAACGUUGACACGGACGAAGGUGAAGGUGAAGGUCAUGCCAGUACGGCCACGGUCAGGGUGAACUUAGCCGACGAUAUGUCCAAGUCAAGAUCACCCCCACAAUCGGACGUGUGACCCGGUAGACGAUGAGGUUUUGUGAGCACAACGUGACCUUUGACCUUAAUCUAAAUGGUCACAUGACUGAACUAUUUCAUUUAAGCAUCAACAGUCUGUACAGAAAGGUCUGAAAGAUGAACGUUUUUGUUUCGAAAAACACCAAGUUCCACCUGACGUCAUAACGUGAUAUUGGUUGGCAUGUUCCGCAAAUUUGACCGCUGUAAAGUGACUCGGACAACAUGUCACGAUCUCAACAGUCUAAAUCGUGUUAUUUUUUACGUAUCAGGAAAUUACAUUUUCGCAAUAUUAAUUGAUGAAACUAUUACUCUAGAGGCACUGCUAGGUAAAUUUCCACUUUUCAAAACAUAUGUACCACCAAUGUACACAAAAACAAUUAAGAGCUAUUGAUGGGGUAUAAUUAAUAUCGGAUUGCAUCCUAUUGUAUUGAUGGUUCUUCCGAAUAUGAUGACAUUUCUUCCUGUUAUAAUGAACUUUCAUUUUUUCGUAGUGACCAUUCACUGGUUAAUUACUUAUUUGUACGCCUAUUUAGGACAUUGUAACACGGGAGUAUGUUAUACAGGAGGUGGACGACGGUCGCUCAACGCGUAGGAGAUUUAUGUUACACCGCUGGUGCCAACACCAUGACUUUGUUAAUUAGUUCUAGCUAAAAUCCUGUUUUCUUAUGUUUGAAAGGAAUACAUUGUUUCAAUUGUUUGAUGCUCCCGUGCUGUCUCGUCAUUUGCUCACAAAUACUGACCUGUGCCUUUUAAAUUGUUCCGCUCACAACACAGGAUGACAAAACAUCUCCACGAAGGAGUAAAACAAAUUGUUUACUCCCUCUUCUUGAAGUCAUUGUUAACGUGUUACCUAAACUGUUAAAAUUGCCUUCGUAAACCUGUUACCUAAACUGUUAAAAUUAACUUCGUAUACGAUGGAAUAAGCAAACGUAUUUUGUUCAUGCUAAUUUAAUUAAAGAUGUUUAUGAGAUCAGUGUCCAUUUAAAGAAAGUUGUUAAAGAAAGGGGCGUCAUUUCAGUUUUUUUUUCAGGGGGAAGGCAGGAUGGGAAAAUUUCCCACAAAGCCUGUUGUUUAAUUAAAAAUCCUGUGAAAUCCGCGGGAUCCCGAC